GAGAUUGGAUUGAUGUAACGGAGCUGAUGAUGCACCACCCGAGAUUCUCCUCACUGGUGACGAGUGUCUGAUGGGAGCAACGGGGGAAUACGGGGACAGUUGAGCUGUGAUCGUCCACCUUGUUGUGUUUGGAACAAGAAGCAGCUCCUCACUGACUCUGAAUUUCACACAGACCAACAUUUUCACUGAAAGCUGCAGACGAGACCGUCCAGCCUCCUUGGACCCUCCUGGAAACGUGUUUUUAUCUUCAUAUGCCUGCUGGUCCAGCCUGAGGAUGGAAAAGUACGAGAAGAUAGGAAAGAUCGGAGAGGGCUCCUACGGUGUUGUCUUCAAGUGCAGAAACAAAGACACAGGGCAGGUUGUCGCCAUCAAGAAGUUUGUGGAGUCAGAGGAUGAUCCCAUCAUCAAGAAGAUUGCACUGAGGGAGAUCAGGAUGCUUAAGCAACUGAAACACGCCAACCUGGUGAAUCUGAUGGAGGUGUUUCGGCGUAAACGGAAGCUUCACCUCGUCUUCGAGUACUGCGACCACACGGUCCUCAACGAGCUGGACCGCCAUCCCAGAGGAGUUCCAGAGAACCUUGUGAAAAGUAUAACCUGGCAGACACUUCAAGCUGUCAACUUCUGUCACAAACAAAAUUGCAUUCACCGAGACGUCAAGCCGGAAAAUAUUCUCAUCACCAAACACCAAGUCAUCAAACUCUGUGACUUUGGGUUCGCAAGGAUUCUCACUGGUCCAUGCGACUACUACACAGACUACGUGGCGACUCGUUGGUACCGCUCCCCUGAGCUGCUGGUGGGAGACACCCAGUACGGCCCUCCGGUGGAUGUCUGGGCCAUUGGAUGUGUGUUCGCCGAGCUGCUGUCGGGGAUCCCUCUGUGGCCCGGGAAGUCUGACAUGGACCAACUGUACCUGAUCAGAAAGACUCUCGGAGACCUGAUCCCUCGACACCAGCAGGUCUUCAGCAACAACCAGUUCUUCUGUGGAGUUUCCAUCCCAGAGCCACAAGAGAUGGAACCUUUGGAGCAGAAAUACCCAACUCUCUCACAUCAAGCUCUGAGUCUCAUGAAGGGUUGCCUGAGGAUGGACCCGUCCGAGCGGCUGACCUGUGAGCAGCUCCUCCAACAUCCGUACUUCGACAGUCUGCGGGGAAAGAGCGAGAGAAGCUCUCGAGAGCACGACCGCUCCAGCAACAAGAGGACGCGGUUACCUCGCAAACACCUUCCUCCCGGGUAUUUGCCACAGCUGACCAGCAGUGGCAUCUUCCCAGCUUUGGACAAUAAAAAGUACUACAGCAACCUGCGCAAGUUCAACUAUCACCUACCGAACAUCUGAGCACGAGCCCAAU